AUGCUUUCCGCUUACAAUGUGAGCUAUGAGGAUACUUUGAGCACUAGUAAAAAUGUUUUCGCGGCUAUGAAUCUUAACAGCACCUCGUUUUUGGGGGGUGUUUUGAUUUUAAAAACCCUCACGGGAGAAUCAGUUGAAGUUAUCGAUGAGCCUAAAUCAAAUCGUACCACGGAUAUAAUUGACGUUAAAAUAGUACAGGUCGGAUUUUGUAUUCUCUAUACAAUAAUUUUUGUUCUUGGAGUGUUUGGGAAUGUAUUGGUCUGCUAUGUUGUUUUCCGAAAUCGAGCAAUGCAAACAGUAACUAAUCUUUUCAUUACGAAUUUGGCAUUAUCGGAUAUACUUCUCUGUGUUUUUGCUGUGCCACUAACGCCUAUGUAUACGUUCUUAGGAAGAUGGGUGUUUGGAAGAAUUCUCUGCCACCUAAUGCCAUAUGCUCAAGGAACAAGUGUUUACAUAUCAACCCUCACGCUAACUUCAAUAGCUAUAGACAGGUUUUUCGUCAUAAUUUAUCCUUUUCAUCCUAGAAUGAAACUAACCACGUGCAUAUUCAUAAUUAUAUUUAUCUGGGUAUUCUCGUUAGUUGUCACUUGUCCUUAUGGCUUAUUUAUGGGAAUCCAAAUCACAAAUAACAAGACUUAUUGCGAAGAAAGUUGGCCAUCAGAUAAAUCAAGGAAGAUUUUCGGAGUCUUCACGACCGUAUUACAAUUCUUAAUACCAUUUCUAGUGAUAGCGAUUUGUUAUACAUGUGUAAGCAUAAGAUUAAACGAUCGUGCCCGAUCAAAACCAGGUGCUAAAAAUACAAGGAGAGAGGAAGCAGAUAGGGAUAGAAAGAAAAGAACAAAUAGAAUGCUAAUAUCUAUGGUCGCAAUUUUUGGCACGUCUUGGUUACCAUUAAAUUUAAUAAACAUAUUUAACGAUUUUUACGCUCAAAUGACAGAGUGGAAUUAUUAUUACGUUUCAUUUUUCCUUGCACAUUCUAUGGCCAUGGCAUCUACAUGCUACAACCCAUUCCUAUAUGCGUGGCUAAACGAGAAUUUUAGGAAAGAAUUUAAACAGGUUCUGCCCUUUUUUGAAUCAACGGGCGGAGUGCGAAAUAGUUAUCAUUCAGGGAGAAUGCCCACAAAUAAAGCUGAUAAGAUAUGUAACGGGAACGAAACCAUCCAAGAAACAUUACUUGCGUCCUCUUUCAAUAGAGGACCAUCCAUAAAACAACGGAUGCUAGAAGGAAAUAGUAAUGGAAAAAAGGACGGUGUUGAAGUUGAGAACAUUUUGUUAGAAGAUAAAACUAUCUCGUCGACAUUUCAUACGAAGACUGAAAAUAUGAGUUUGCAGUUGAUAAGCGAAGAAUCGCAGUUCGUAGAACCGAAAGAGGCAAAGACUCAAAUAUAA